AUGCCCGGGGAAGGCGCGGGCGAGGAGCCCCCCGGCGCGGGCGCGGUCGGGGACGACGACGCCGCGAGAGAGAUGGGAGCCGCGGCCGAGGACGCGAGCGCGCCCGCGCGCGCGUUGGACGACGACGACGACGACGACGGCGGCGGCGGCGGCGGCGGCGACGACGACGACGGCUCGAUCGACCUGGAGGAGACUUCCAGCGGAUCUGACGCGGAUCCUCCGGACGACGACGACGACGACGACGACGACGAGGAGGAGGAGGAGGAGGAGGAGGACGCCGAGGUCGAGCAGAUGUGGCAGGGCAUGUUCGCGACUUUAGACGCGGAGAACGCCGCGCUCGUCGACACCGGCAGCGACGACGACUACGAGUCCGAGUCCGACUACGAGUCCGAGUUCGACGAGGACGCGAUGCACUUCGAGAUCGAGGGCGAGAUCCCGGUCGGCGCCGGAUCCGGCGGCGCGGACGGCGGCGACGACGGCGGCGGACCCGAUUCGGGGGACGCGGCGACGACGGACCCGGAGGAGCAGGGCGUGUACAUGCUCCACGACGGGCGCGUCACCAUGCUCGACGCGCGCGAGGAGCACUGCGUCGACAAGGACGGCGGGGUCUUCGGCGGGUCCUCCCCGAACGGCUACGCGGAGGUGGCGGCGAACGCGGUGGCGGUGUUGGGCCAGACCGAGAGGCUGCCGUUUCACGUCUACAGCGUGACGUACGACGCGGAGAAGUCGCUCGUCGCCGCGUGCGGCAGCGCGAACCGUGACGAGGACGUUAACCUCGCGGUGUGGCGCGUCGUCGACGUCGCGGAGGGAGACGCGAGCUGCGGCGCGAAGAGCGAGAAGAGGAGGGCGGCGACGGCGGCGGGGAGGGCCGUCGACGAAGCGACGGACGUCGCGGGCGCGGACGCCGCCGCGGAGGCGUUCACGGGCGCGUUGUUCGAUCUGAUCGAAGAGAACGAGAUGAAACCGAGCGUGGCGUUCGUUCCGGUCGCGGAGUUAGGUUUGGGUAAGGUGGGACGGUACGGACGCGAGAUGGUCAACUGCGUGCGGUUCGGAAAGAUCCGCGACUCCGACAAACGCGAUUGGACCGGCUCGGACGUGAAUCCCGACGGCACGCGGGACGUCCUCCUCUGCGCGAGCCAAGACGCGCACUGUUACGUAGUGUCCAUCAACACGAAAGACGACGCCGGCGGCGACGGGUGCGACGUGGAGGACUCGGGCAGCGACGGCGGGCAAGGCGGCCGCGGCGCGCGGCGACGGCGGCGCAUGAACGCGGAACUGGGCCCCGAGGGCGUUAUGGGAUUCCCGACCGCGGUGAACGCGGCGGCGGCGUCACCGAACGGGAUGUGCGUCGCCGUCGUCGGCGACUGCGACUGCGUCCUCGUCCACGGCGGCCCCGAAGGAUACGGCAUGUGCGGGCGUGUCGUUUCGAGGAAGCCGAUCGCGUACUAUCAACAAUUCGAUCGAUACGGGGGCUCGGAGAUGCUGCCGAUCGACGGCGACCCGGAGACUCUGAGCGCGAUGUCCGGCGAGCCGCACGGAGGGAUGUACGUCUCGUGGUCGCCGAACAGCGAGUACCUCGCCGUGACGAGCGAUUCCCUGCACGCGGUCGCGGUGUGGAGGGUCGAGAUCGUCUCCGAUUGGGACUACGACGUCGACGUCGACGCGGGCGGGGAGUCGCUCGACGCGGCGGCGAAGGACUCGCGGCGGUCGGCGGGGGGACGGAACAGCGCGCCGCCGUCGCCGGCGCGCCCGCCGAAACAGCGCGGACGCGGACGCGGCGCCGCGUGGGGCUCCGCGGGGGAGUUGCGGACGUCCACCAGAGGCCCGCUUCGGAUCACGCGCGUCGCGUACUUGCGCGACCACGCGCACCCGUGCCUUCCGAUCACGUUCCUCCCGAGCGACCCCGAAAUCGUCGUUUGGGCGGAGAGAGGCGGGAGAGUGCACGCGUACGACUUGCGGUGCGCGAACGCCGCGGGCGCGGGGAUGUGCUCCGCGGUGAACCUCUCGCCGCCCGCGCGGCCGCGGUCGCGGUCUCGGUCGCGGUCGAGGGACGCGCCGACUCCGACGCUCGCCGCCGCCGCGGAGGGCGGGGCGGAGGCGGAGGGCGGCGGGACGGGGACCGCCGAGGAAGCCGCCGUCGGGGACGACGACGACGACGACGACGACCCUGAUUUUGACCCGGACGUCGUCGACGAGUACGCGUUCGCCCCCCCCGACGACGAGGACGGCGCGGACGUGUCGAUGCUCCCCCUGGGACCCGCGUCGUCCCGCCGUUCGUCGAAUCAACGACAGUUCGUGCAGACGGUGCGCUCGCGCGUGAAGGGGUUGUACGUCACCGGAUUGUGCGCGGUGGCCGCGCCGCCGCCGCCGCCGCCGCCCGCGACCGCGCUCGGGCCGCGGUCGCUCACGCCGCGCGCGCCGCCGCACGACUUCGUCUUCGUCGGCACCCCGAACGGCGUCUUGCGGUUCCGCUGCCCGGUCUCGUGGACGCCGGAGAAUCAUCAAGAUUUCCCCGUCGGGUUUCGCGACGCCGCGCGGACGUUUCUCCUCUGCGCGCGCGCGGACGGCGGCGGCGCGAACGCCGAUGGGGGCGCGUCCCUGGGCGACAUGCCCCCGGAGGUGCUCCUUCACGUCGUGGCGCUCGCCGCGGUGCCGCCGUCGGAUUGGAUCGGCGUCGGCGGGGACGGGGAGGAGAAGCGCGCGGCGGCGACGGCGACGACGACGACGACGACGCGCGCGGUGGCGACGACGCAGGCGCCGGAUCCGCUGAAGGGAUACAAGGAAGAGGCGGUGAAGGCGAUGAUGGCGCGCUACUUCGGGGUGGGCACCGCGGGCGCGGCGUUGUUUACCGGGGGCGCGGCGUGA